AUGAAUAGAUUGAUUGUAGAGACUUAUCACUCUAACAAGAUUGAAGACCCUACAAACUUGCCUCUACCACCUUUUGAUUUGGAUAUUCCAGAAGCUACCAGGAUAAUUCAGGCAAAUUGGGAAUACGAGUGCUGGACUGAAAGACAUUCUAUCUUGUUGGCCGUGCUAAAAUCAGUAGGUGGAAGAAUCGCCAUUGCUGUUUCUUACGAAUUUUUGAGAACUGUUCUCGCAAUCCUUCAACCACAAAUUUUGAAGAAGUUUAUUGAAGCUUUCAAUCCUGAAUCUAAUGAACUUCCCAGACUAAACGCAUAUUUUGUCGCAGUUGGAUUGUUCAUAUUGAAUGUUUCAUGCACGGUGCUUAGAAAUCAAUUCUUCAUCAAUAUCUUCCAAGCAGGUAUGAAAAUUCGUGGUAGUUUGAUGUCCAUGAUUUACCAAAAGACUUUCCGUCUUUCAGCAGAAGCUCGUGAUGAGAAAGGAAGCGGUGACAUCAUGAAUCUAAUGUCUGUGGAUGUUAUUAGAAUUCAAAGAUUUUUUGAAAAUGCUCAAACUAUGAUCGGUGCGCCUACUCAAUUAAUUGGUGUAUUGAUUUCACUUUAUUUCUUCUUAGGUACUGCUACUCUUGGAGGGCUCGUGUCCAUUGGUAUUAUGAUUCCCCUGUACAGUUACUUAACUGAAAUUUACAAACGUAUGUUCAAGGCGCAAAUGAAAUAUAAGGAUAGAAGAAUAAAAACUAUCUCAGAAAUUUUGAACAGUAUUAAAUCAAUUAAACUAUAUGCAUGGGAAAAGCCAAUGCUUGAACGCUUGGGUCACGUUCGUAAUGAUCUAGAAUUAAAGAAUAUGAAGAAAAUUGCGAUCGUAAGUAACCUUAUGUCCUUUAUAUGGGACAUUGUUCCAGUUUUUGUCACAAGUUCAACCUUCCUUCUUUUCUCAUACCUAACGGGACAAGUCCUUACUCCACAAGUUGUUUUCCCAGCAAUGACUUUGUUUGGUAUGCUAAAUCAAUGUGUUUACACCAUCCCAGAAAUGAUCAAUAACAUAAUUGAAAUAGGUGUAUCAUUGAAAAGAUUAAAGAGUUACUUGUUGGCGGAGGAGUUGGAUGAUAGUUUUAUUGAGCGCACUGAAGCAAAUGAUGUGGAUCCAACUGUUGAAAUCAAUAAUGCCACAUUUUUGUGGAAAUCAGUUAAACAAAGUGAAAGGAGUGAUGCCAACGAUGAUGAAGAAGCUUCUGUUUCUUCCCCUGGUGUUGCAUUAAGAGAUAUUGAGCACUUCUCAGCUAAGAGGGCAGAGUUGACAUGCAUCGUGGGUAGGGUUGGUUCUGGUAAGAGUACUUUUUUGAAAGCUAUAUUAGGUCUCUUGCCUUGUGUUCCAAAUGAUGCUACCCCACAAAUUAAGCCAAAACUCACCAUUAGGGCAAAAUCUCUAGCUUACUGUCCUCAACAACCAUGGAUUAUGAACUCGAGUUUCAAAGAUAAUAUUCUCUUUGGCUUCAAAUAUGAUGAAGCUAUGUAUAAGAAAACAAUUAAGGCAUGUCAAUUGGUACCAGACUUGAAAAUUUUACCAGAUGGUGAUCAAACUAUAGUCGGUGAAAAAGGUAUCUCUUUAUCUGGUGGUCAAAAAGCAAGAUUAUCUUUGGCAAGAGCUGUAUAUGCGAGGGCAGAUCUUUAUCUGUUAGAUGAUAUCUUAAGUGCUGUUGACUCUCAUGUCUGCAAGAAUAUCAUUGAACAAGUCUUGGAUAGAAACACCGGUCUUUUGAAGAAUAAGACUGUUAUAUUGACUACAAAUGCUAUUAACGUUUUGCAACAUUCCAAUAUGAUAUAUUUAUUGAAGAAUGGUAUGAUUGUUGAAGGUAAUAGUUAUGAUAGUGUCAUGAGUACAGAAUCAGCUAAUGGUGAGAAAUCUUUCUUGAGGGAAAUCAUCGAAGAAUAUGCAUUAAACGAAAAGGAGAAGGAAGAACAAGAGGCAGAUACCGAUGCUGAAAGUAAAUCAAAAUCUCCCAGGAAUGACUCUGAUUAUCUUUUAUCCUCAGAUGAAGAUAAUGAGGAAGAAAUCAUACCUCUACAACCUUUGGUGGAUUUGGAAAAUGCUAAAGCAACUGAUGCUAAUGCAGUGAUAGCGUUUGAAGAGGAACAAGAAGAUCCACAACUUGCCAAAGUUGUUUCUCGUCGUGCUUCUGUUGCUACGUUGAAACCAAGGCCAUUGAUUGACGUGAACAAAGAUGAUAGAAAAACUGCACAGAAAGCUGAAACCAAAGAAGAAGGGAGAGUUAAAAAAUCUGUCUAUAUUGCUUAUAUGAAGGCAUGUGGUUUCUUUGGCGUGUUGAUAGUAUUUAUCUUGAUGAUAGCCACAAAAUUAUUGGGACUAGGAAACAAUUUCUGGUUGAAAUAUUGGUCUGAAAGUAACCAAACCAACGGGGGUAAUGAUCAUAUUUGGAAAUUUAUGAUUGUCUAUUCGCUGAUUGGUAUGGCCUCUGCAGCUUUCGAUGUCACGAGAAUCAUCGUCAUGAUAUUCUUCUGCUCCUUAAGAGCUGCAAAACAACUUCACAACCAAAUGGCACAUUCCGUGGUUAUGGCGCCAAUGUCAUUUUUUGAAACAACUCCGGUUGGCCGUAUUGUUAACAGAUUCUCUACCGAUAUUAAUUCUAUCGAUGAAGAUUUCAAAAAUAUUGUCGCAUUAUUUUUACAUUCAGUGUUUGAUUACCUAAUUACUAUCACUGUUAUCGUUAUCAGCAUGCCUUGGUUCUUGCUUGUCAAUACCUUUUUGUUAGCAAUUUAUUAUUACUAUCAAAUGUUCUACGUUGUCCUCUCCCGAGAGUUGAAAAGACUAACUAGUAUAUCUUAUUCUCCUGUGAUGUCUCUUUUAGGUGAAACUUUAGGUGGAUAUGUUGUGAUCAAUGCUUAUAAUCAUGCUGAUAUAUUCAAUUAUUACCAUUUCCAGAAUGUUCAAACGAAUGUCAACUUUAUUUUCAACUUCAGGUCGACAAAUAGAUGGUUGUCAAUGCGUUUGGAAACAAUGGGUGCCUUUAUUAUACUUAUCACGUCAUUGAUGGCUUUGGGUACCCUUGGAACAACUCAUCCAAUAAGUGCUGGUUUGAUAGGUCUUUUGAUGAGUUAUGUCUUACAAAUUUCCUCCUCUUUGAUGUGGAUCAUUAGAAUGUUGGUAAAUAUUGAGACUACGAUUGUUAGUGUGGAAAGAGUGCUUGAAUAUCGUGAUUUGGAACCAGAAGGUGUGCGUGUUGUUGAAGGCAACACUCCACCAAAGGAUUGGCCAUCAAAGGGUGAAAUUAAGAUUUCUAAUUAUACUACGAAGUAUAGAGCUAACUUGGAUCCAGUUUUGAAAGAUAUUGACGUGAACAUUAAACCACAAGAAAAAAUUGGUGUUGUUGGUAGAACUGGUGCAGGUAAAUCAACACUAACAUUGGCUUUAUUCCGGAUCUUGGAGCCGUUCGAAGGCAGUAUAUCUAUCGAUGGCAUCGAUAUAUCUACUCUAGGCUUAUAUGACUUGAGAAGCAGACUUGCUAUUAUUCCACAAGAUGCCCAAGCCUUUGAAGGAACCGUGAGAAGUAACCUUGAUCCAUUUAAUUAUCAUACAGAUGCUGAAGUCUGGAGAGCUUUGGAAUUAUCGCACCUAAAACCUCAUAUCGAACGUAUUGUUAAAGAAUUAGGAGAUGAUGAAGAAAAGCCAGCAGAUUUGUUGCAAACUAAGAUUUCUGACAAUGGUGGCAAUUUGUCAAUGGGCCAAAGACAGUUGUUAUGUCUUUCUCGCGCUCUUUUAAAUCCUUCAAAAAUCCUAAUUUUAGAUGAAGCUACUGCUGCUGUUGAUAGAGAAACCGAUAAGAUUAUUCAAGAGACUAUUAGAAGUGCGUUCAAAGACCGGACUAUUUUAACGAUUGCUCAUCGUAUUGAUACAGUCAUGGAUAGUGAUAGAAUUUUGGUGUUAGAUAAGGGUGAACUCAAAGAGUUUGACACCCCAGAAAACCUUUUGGAGAAUAAAGAGUCUUUAUUCUAUAGCUUAUGCGAAAAGGGUGGAUAUUUGAAGAAUUAA